AGCGAGAUUGUGGAUCAAGGCGGCGGCUUUAAUUGGGACCCUCUCAACUUCGCUUUUACCGCAAUCCUCAGCAUCCUCGCAUUGUUCGUCGCUACUCUUGCGUUGCUACAAGGGGUUCUCGCUGCUGGACCCGGGAGACUGAAAGCAAGCCAGAGUGUCAUUGGGUUCAUCUACGGACAAACAGCCCGGACGCGCUUCGACUGGACCGAAUGGAGGUUUCGAACCACAGUCCAGGUUCCUAUCAUUGAUCUACCUCAGAUCAUCUCUGCCUCUCGAAAAUGGGAUACUGAGUCCCGAGUCGAAAGGAAUGCAUCCGUACUCGGAAGAGGUCCGAGACUUCUGUAUUGGAUAUUUACGUGCUCUUUGUUAAGGCAUCAAUCCGCGACGAAUGUGGGUGAAGGUCAACACCGCAACACGACACGAAAGCCCCGCAAACGCCAUCCUUUGCAUCUGUUUAGAUCCAAAGAAGACUCUAGCGAUGUCGAGGCGUCUUUCUUGGAAGACAAGCCAAAUGCCGGAGAUGUGUCUGCGAGCUGGACCAUGCUAUUGCGGCAUGUUGGUCUCGAAACCGUCAAACUACGAACCAGACUCUGUAAGACCGACCACCUUCCCGCAGAUAUCUCAGCGGCACCUGCAUUUGCAACUAUUGAAGCUCUCAUGGUACUUGCGGUUCUUGCCGGCUGCACUUCGUGCUAUGUCAGGCAAGAUCUUCCACUGGCCAAAGGCCCCCAAGUACAAAUAGUCUUGAGACAGCACCCCAGCUUAGGACUCGUGGGAACUUAUCAAAGCUACAAAGAGCGACCUGAGUCAGACUAUCUCUCGUUGGAGCAAACGCGUUGGGCUUGUCUCGAGGCACUUGGCCACAUUCGUUUCUUGCAGCAACCAUUUCUGGAGAUAAGAUGCCUUCCGAAAAGUCAGAUCGAUGUGAGGACCAAUCUGACUGCCUUGCUAAAGACCCUGGAACAUCAGGAUCAAUGCGGUCAUGAGAUAUCUACUUACAAUCUAUAUUGUUGGUGUUACUCUUUGCUGACAGACCUCGAGCUACCACAUUAUUUCCGCUCCGGCUAUUCCAGUACUAUGAACAUGUUCACUUAUUGAUCAAAGGUAGUCCGAGCUGGAGUGAGGAGCCUUUGAAUGUUAUCGAGGCGCUGAAGCUCUUGCCUGGUGAUGGAAAGGGUCUGCUGUUGUUCAAAUGUCGUCCAUCUCGGCGCGAUGUUGCCGUUGAUCCUCGACAUUCUAAGGUUGAGGACCAUCACUUCAAACCAAAUUACUUAAACAUAGGUAUGCAACAGCUCAUCGAUGACCAUUUUGCUGGCACCACUCAGCAAACUUGGUUCGGCCCCAUUGUCUCCCCAGGACAAAGUGCGCCUUUGAGAGCAUUCCCAUUCAGCCCUGCACAGCCAGUGCCAGAGACUCAGAACCCCCAGCUGUUUUCGGCCACAGAUGGUGAUCUAUUGGUAUCUGCAGACGCACUAGAGUUGUGUUUUCAGUGGAGAAGCGGUGCACAAUAUCUCAACGACCUGACUCUUUCUGAGAAAGUAGAAGCUCGAAAAUGGAUUGCCUGGCAACUAGCCACCGUCGACUCUUGGUUAAGAGAGCAUGGAGGCCAAGAUUCUUUGUGUGCGGCGAUGAAUCUACUGGCCAAAUUAUACAUUACAGCAAGAGAUACGUUUAAAGUACGGGACGGCCGCUCUCAUCACCUGCUUGCUAUUCUGGACAGUGAAGAGGCAUUAGAACCAACAUCUGCCGAAGCUCGAGGCCACGAUCUUGGUGGCGAUUUUGCGAGACGAGACGAUACACAGGCGGAUCUUUACCAACCGGGCGAAGAACGGAGGCUCAGUGCCGAUGAAGGAUUGAAUGCCGAUGUUUCUGAUCACGCUCUGCUUGAAUGGUAUCCGGAAACGACCAAAGAGGGCUCGGAGGAGGAAUUUCAGGAAACCAUGCGCAUGUCUUCGAGUAAUGAGGACGACUCUUUGAGUCAUUGUUUGCGAGAACCUCGCGAAGACGAGGGAUAUGUCAUGUCACGUUUCGCAAAGCACUUGAGACGUUGUCGUCGAUGUCCGGAUCUUCAUGAUAUGCACCUUCAAAAUGGUUCAGGACUCUGCGAUAGAGGUUUGGUGUACGCACGUGAAGUUGCACGAUACGUGUACCCGCGCAGUGGACGACCCUUUUCAGUCAUUGAUAAGAGAAAUGAAGAAGAUGUUGAGCUUAUUCUUGAAGAAGCUGUGUCCGAUGCAAUUCUGUCACUAUUGUUUGCAUUUGAACAUGGUCUUUGGUUGGAACUAUUUCAACAAGACGAAGAGGAUGAGCAAUCGCCACCUCGGCCUCCUGAGGCAGGUUUCCCAUACCCAUCCCGGAGGGCAUCACAGGUACGAGGCCGAAAGACUUCGACUCCUCCUGUUGACGAUGCAGGAGCGAGACGUUCACAAUCUCGUGAACGGAUGAGACCAAUGUGGCGACCUAAGAGUCGACUCGAGGCGAUGGAGACACUUCUUCUGUUCCGCGCUAUGCUAUACGCUGCUCUAGCCAGCACUGCAAUGGACAGCAGCGAUAUACUGGAGAUGAAGGACCGGGAUGAGAUUGUACAGGUUUUGUAGAGUAUGGCAUGCAACUGAAAGCGAAAAAGAACCUACCUAAGGUAGCGGGAAGAACAGCACAUAGCAAUGAUGGUAUGGCGUUGGUAUUAAUGCUCUGCCGUAUAGUAAUGGACCACCGUAGACUUGGCGUUUGACCGUGAGCUCACAAUUUGUGGAGUUGUCGAUGUGUCCAAAAGAAUGAAGUGGUUGUAGCUU